AUGCUAAUGUCCGGUGCUGCUGGCUAUCACACUAUACAGGUGUUCUGUUUACCAUUGUCAAUGGCAUUGUCGAGUAAAAGCUUCAAGUCUCGGUCGUUCUUUGCAGGAAUACCGUACCGUUGCCCGGACACCGCGUUUGCUGAUCAGGAGAUGGAUGCCAGGAUAUCACCGAGAGUGGUACUUUUCGUGAUUUGCUUAGCCCAGAUAGUUGGAUUGUGUGAUGGAGGGGAGAACGACUCAUACGUGUUUGAGUACUAUGAUAACCCCUGGUCACAGGGUUUCUGGUUUGGAGACACAUUUGUUGAGCUGACUGAAAAACAACAGGCUCAACUAGCACACGAGCGCGAGCUCUGUGUGGAAAGAAUGAUGACCGAUCCUUUUCCGACGGAUGGCGGACUUUACUGCAAUCGAACGUUUGAUGGAUGGGGAUGCUGGAAUGAUACCAAGGCUGGGCACACCGCCUUCAUUAACUGCCCUUAUUUCAUUCCCAACUCCGUGCCAACAAGGUUAGCUCACAGAGUAUGCAUGCCGGAUGGAACGUGGUUUAUUCACCCGGAAACGAAUAAUACAUGGUCUAAUUAUACAAACUGUGGUACUACCGAGUCUGAGGUACGUUUCGUUUACGCCGCGGGCCAAGCCGCUUUAGUCAAGGUUCUCAUAUGGAUUGGUGUGAGAGGAGACCUCAUGCCUUCACAUUUACAGAUAUUAGAGGCAAAUGACAUGCGAUAUACCUCGUUGCAGCAAGAAAGUCACGAGACUUGUUUUUCAAAUGGCCGCCGAGAACUCGCCAAAGGCAAGCCUUUAGGUGGCCUUAUAGUGUGGUAUACCGGGUACAGCAUUUCUAUAGUAUCGUUAACGGUUUCCUUGGUGAUUUUUUUUUACUUUAAAAACCUGUCGUGUCCCCGAAUCACCUUGCACAAGAAUCUGUUUUUUUCAUUCAUCUUCAACUGUAUAUGCUGGACUCUAUGGUUUGCUAUUGUGGCUGAACAUCCGUACAUACUCGAAAGUGAUAACGAGGGUACCCAAGUUUCAUGCAAAAUACUUAAUGUGAUGAUGCAAUAUUUCUGGACGUCAAACUAUUACUGGAUGUUGUGUGAAGGCAUCUAUCUGCACACUCUUAUCGUAGUAGCUGUGUUCUCCGAUAGGAAUAGACUCAUAUGGUACUAUCUGCUCGGAUGGGUUGUGCCGUUUAUUCCUGUAACUAUUUACACUAUUCUGCGAGCAGUUGAAGGGCACGGAGAGUGCUGGUUCUUUGGUACUGACUAUGAGUUUAUUAUUGCUGGGCCAAUCAUUGCUGUUCUAGUAAUCAACUUUGUACUAUUGCUGAAUAUAGUAAGAGUCCUGGUCACAAAACUCAGAGCCACGCAUACACCGGAUACUCACAAUUAUAAGAAAGCUGUGCGCGCUACUCUCAUUUUAUUACCUUUAUUGGGAUUGCACUACAUAAUCAUGCCAUUUCAGCCAGCAAAGACUGGUAUGGCCAAACAAAUAUACGAUCUCAUUAUUGCUAUUUUGAUCGCGUUUCAGGGAUUCUUUGUGGCAUGUAUCUUCUGCUUUUUCAACGGCGAGAUCCGGGCGCAGAUAGCAAGGAAGUAUAGGAGCUACAAGUAUGUAAGGAGGGGUAGUGAUUUCCGUACGAGGGCGAGGUCCCUCUAUUACACGACGACCACGGAGGUAAUACAAACACAAGGAGAUUCUCCUGAACAAAACCGGAAGCAUGUCCCUGAUGAUAGUCCUAGCGCUCGUACCAAACUUAAAAACGAAAAGCGAAACGGAUUUCAGCGUGAUAGCAACGCGAACUCCAAAAACUCCUUACUCCGGGAAGAAUACUGCCGGCGGAACUCCGACAAUAAUGACGUCAGUACGUCGCUUGUGUAGUGAUUUUUGAAUUUCGUCGGGGCGCUUUGUGAAUUAACGAACCAAUGAACGUGCAAUGCGUGGUCAGUCCCAGGAACGCUAUACGACUGACUGUCGAUGUUGGUGCGAACGAGGCUGUUUUUACUGGCGGAUUUUGAAACAAACUAUGGAACAGAAUUGGAACACAAAACAUCAAUAAUAGUUAUGUAAUUUUCUGAUUUUGAACAUCUAACCUUGAAAACGGAUGGUGGGCUGUCAAUUGAA